UUCUGAUUCAAUUAGCUCCUCAACUAGAUGCAAAUAGCGAUAAAUUUAAUCUGAAUUAUAAAUACAGUCUGAAAACAGGAAAACAUUAGAGAUGAUAUUUAAUGUUCAUUUUUUUCGAUGAAUCUAAAUCCAUGAUCAUGUUCCUCAAUCAUUUCAACCCUCUGAUUAAAACCAUAUAAAAAUCAAAACAAUCAUGAGGUUAGGUUUACAUGACUGCCGCUAGUCAUCCAAUCGAUAACAAAAGGAGCAUGAACAUUCCAAUAUCAUCAUGAACAUCGUAAUAUUUUGUUCAAAAUUUAUUCUUUAAAUUUAAGCAUCAAAUUGAUUAAAUCAUUUGUUUGUUUUCCUUUGAUAAUUGUGUCAAAUUUUUGUUGUCUGUAAAUCAUUUCAAUAAUGUCCAAAGAUUGCUACAAAACUCUAGGAAUAUCCAAGGAUGCAAGUGUUAGUGAAAUUACAAAGGCUUACAGAGAGUUGGCUCUCAAAUAUCACCCUGAUAAGAACAACGAACCUGGUGCUGAGGCCAAAUUUAAAGAGAUAUCGAUUGCUUACAAAGCUCUAAUGGACGACAAAGCUCGUGAGAUGCCACACGCUAUGCAAACUGAAGAUGUUUUCGAGCCAGAUAUAACUGCAUUGCUUAUUGCUGCUGGAAUCACAAUUGCAGCUGGAUCUGCAUUUUUUGUAGCCAAUAAAUAUUUCCAUCGUAAUGAUGAUAAAAACGAAAAGAAGGGUCACCAAAAAUGAAUAAAUGUUCUGAAAUAUAAUGUACUCUUGCUUGUAAUUCAACAUGAAUCUGUAAUAUUUAUUUCUCGAAUAAAAAAAAUUGAUUUAGAAA